UGUUCAGUGAAGGACAGCUUCUGAAAGGUCACCAAGGCUUCUGUGGCUGAGUUUGUGUCACACAUUUGUGAAUUUCCAUGAGGUUGAGAAACUAUUAUCCAUAAAUAUACAAGAGGACAAACUCUGCCUCAGACACAGAUUCUUUGUUAAACUCUGGACCACAGCACCAGCACCAUGAGAGUCGCUCUACUUGUGUUUCUUUUUGCACUGUGGCUGAACACGGACAUUUCAUCAUCACAGACUGUGCCUUUAGGCUGUGGGCGUCCACCACUACUCAUAGAUGGAGAUGUGAGGGAAACCAUGAAACCCCAGUACAACCAUAAUGAAAGAGUUGAGUACAUGUGUCAGAGCUUGUACACCAUGGAAGGGCAUCCUUACAGAACCUGCAUCAACGGAGAAUGGACCGGAAGUAUGAGAUGUCGCAAACCGUGCAUUGUGACUGCAGAAACCAUCAGCAAAUACAAUAUUCACUUCAGGUAUACACUUGCCAAUAAGCUGUUUUUGAGCCAUAAUGAUGCAGUCACGUUCAGCUGCACCGAAGGAAGACAACCUGUCGCCUCACAGAGCAUGCGCCAGAGAUGUGCUGAUGGUGUUGUGAAUUUUCCCACUUGUCAGUAAAGUUUUUGACCAAAUGGUUAAAUAAACUUCAAGUAUAAAAAACAAGGUAGACUAAAUUUGAGGCACACCUAUUAAUGUCUGUCUGUAUUGUUGAUUUUAAUAAAUGUUGUGUUCUGUAAAUA